AUGAGUCUUACGGAAACCCGAACACCAACCCAAACACCUACCAUGUCCAAAGGUUGGAGUAACUUCCAUGUGGGAAGAGAAUGUAGUCACCAGAAGUGGGCUCGACGAAACAUCCCCAAGUUCACCGUCUCCUCCGGCGAGACCGUCUCGUUCGACGCCAUUGACAGCAGCAAUGGCCAACUCGACACCUCAUCCAACGCCGCAGCCAUCAAGGCCCUGGAUCUCGGCCUGGCCAAUCCCGUUUUCGGCCCGAUUUAUAUGAACGACGCUCAACCGGGCGAUGUCCUCAAGGUGGAAGUCCUCGACUUGGAGGUCGCCGACUGGGGCUGGUCCGCCAUCAUUCCGGGCUUUGGUCUGCUGGCAGACGAAUUCCCCGAGCCUGAACUCAAGAUCUGGGAGCUGAACCGCGAGGCCGGCUUCGCCCAGUUCAAGAACAUGCGAAUCCCCCUCCGCCCCUUCCUGGGAUGUAUGGGUCUCGCCCCCGCCAGCGACGAGGAGCUUUCCACCGUCCCGCCCACCAACGCAGGCGGCAACAUGGACUGCCGGGAGCUGAGCGUAGGCUCAACCGUCUACCUCCCCGUGCAGACCGCUGGGGCCCUUUUCAGCUGUGGUGAUGGCCAUGCUGCCCAGGGCCACGGCGAAGUCUGCGGUACCGCCAUCGAAACCCCGAUCCGAGCUACCCUGCGCUUCGAACUCGUCAAGAACCAACCCUGGAUGACGGCCCCUCAGUUCCAGACUCCUCCUCGCGCCCAGAUUCCCAACCCCCUCCCCGACCUUGGCACCUACGGCGCUCUCGGCGUGGCCCCCGACUUGUACGAGGCUACUCGGAGUGCCACCCGGAAUUUGAUUCAAUGGCUUGUGCAGACUAAGGGUCUUACACGCAGCGAGGCCUACAUCCUUGCCAGUGUUGCAGGAGACCUGCAGAUUGCCGAAGUGGUCAACGUGCCCAACUUCGAAGUGGCCAUGACUCUGCCUCUGGGCAUCUUCUCUUGA